AUGUCUUAUACCGACCACGACCGCCACCACCGCCCCCGCCAUGCAACACUUUCUUCGCGGCCUCGCGACUCAGACCCCUACGCGCCUCGCUAUGCACCACCGUCCGCGCCGCGCGAGAAGCCAAGCAUGCGGGACAGUGUGAACCGCUACCCCUCGUCGUCCUACCACGGCCCGUACGACGCCCGCGAACCACGGACAUGGGCCGCCCCUCCGCGCUACCGCACAAGCACGCGCAAGGCCACAUGGCCGCCUUCGCCAGCCGUCGAGGAGGAGAGCGUUGCGGCAGGGAAGGAGCUGUCCUCGUCGGUGGGGCCGCAGGAGGGUGAGCCGCCGAUCAACACGCGGGGCACCGUCGAUCAGGAGUUUCUGCUGGACGAGAUCGAACAGCCGAGACCAGGCGACAGCGACGAACGGCGCUUUGUCUUUGUGUCUGCACCGGGUGCCGAUGGCCUCCAUGCAGCGUCUGGCCCGGGGGGAGCACGGCGGAAGAGCUUUGCAGAGCGUGGGAACAUGCCGCAUCUAAAGACCCAUGUCGAGAGCGACCCACCCCUGUUCACCAAACGAGUCUCGACGCCCUACUCGUACACACCGCAGAAGGAGUCGACUGCGCCCGCAUCUGCUGCGUUUGUGCUCUCGCCUGAGCCUCUGACGCCAGCCAACACAAGCAAGCCUCGGACAGUCUCUAGCCGCGAUACGUGGGACGCCCAGAAGGACCAGAACGCCAGGCCCUCGAAAUCGAUACCUGUCCGCACACGACGCCACUCGCCCGCACGCCCAGCUCCCCACUCGGCCAAGGACGAUGUCUUCGACGACUCGGCUUCGGACGGAGAGAGUACAACACACCUGCGAACAAACGAGCGAAAGCCUGCACGUUACAGCUUCGUGAAGAGUGACGCCCAGAAGGAAGACCUCCGCACAUAUCUGCGAGAGAACCAGCCACGGCCUGAACCGUCGAGACGCGAUUCCACGCAGCGGCCGCCGACUGCACGUGCAGCUCACCACAACUCGUCCGGCUCAUCAAAAGAAAGCUCUUACUACCAGUCUCCUCGCUCUUCGUCGUCGUCAGUCAACAGCGAGAAGAGGAAGUCGAGGCCUGCGCCGGUGGAUACGACACACGUCAGCACCUCUCGACCCUCGAGUCGCCCGAGCUCCCCACUGCACAGCGCGGCCUCGCCGAAGAUGCCUUCCCGACUGCGCCAGUCACCCCCUGGAUCUCGGCCCUCGUCCAGAGGCAAUGCGGCUCGACCAGCUUCUCCACUGGCAUGGGCGACUACCGUCAGCCCCCCUUCCCCUCGCCAGUUACCGAUCACAGACGCAGACUGGCACGCCACAUACCCACCCGUCAGUGCCACCGACAGACCGAGGCCGCAAUCCCGUUUUGGCAGGCAUGAGACAAUCCAAAUCCCGCCUCCUCGAGUCGACGUUCAGAGUCCUUCACCAGUCAGACCUCCAACCAGCAACCCUCUGCCUUAUCCUGUAGACGACCAUCAUGUGGAUGUCUGGAUGCCAGGUGAAGAGCAGUACCAAUUUGAUCACUCCACCGUGCCACCCCCGCGCCAGAUCUUCAGAGAUGCGCCAAGGGUUGCGUCGCCUUCGAUUUCCAACUCGCCUCGCCAGACAGAUGGAUUCCCACGUUCCUCUCGACCCAGAACACCACGUCCUGAGGAAGCACCGCGCCUGAGGCGAAGCAGGUCGAAUAGUGUCGACUCUAAGCACAGUUCUGAUGGCCGAACCAAGUCUAGCAGGACUGCAGCACGCCUCGACAGGCCGCUUCCAUCGUGUCCGAGAGGUACACCAACCGACAGAUACGAUGACUGGUACAGUUUGCCCGGCUAUCGAAACUUCGACAUUUGCCCCAGCUGCUACGACGGCGUCUUUGCUGACACGCCCUUCUCGGCCCACUUCUCUCAGCCCCGCCGCCACGAACGCCCUACAGAGCGCUUCUGCGACUUCAGCAGCCCCUGGAUGCGCCUCGCCUGGCUUCUGACCAUCAAGCAACGCCGCCCGUCUCUCGAUCUUCUCUAUGCACUUGCGGAUAUCUCUGACUCGGACCGUCCAUGCCCUGGCGACCGUGAACUCAGCACCGACCGCGUGUCCUGGUACGGCAUACCCGACCAGCGCGACGGACUGCACGUCGCCAACUUCGCCGUCUGCUCCGCCGACGUCAAGAUGCUAGAGAUCCUCUUCCCCACCGUGCGCGGAUACUUCACACGUCUUCCUUCCACCUCGGCGUACAGCCCCGAAAAGCACACGUGCAGUCUCCGCGUCUCCUCGCGCCGAUUCCCCAAGUAUCUCGACUUGCUUGUUGAGUUAGACGCAGAGGCCCAGUCCACCGCCAGCCGACCCAACAUGACCCGCUUCGUCAAGAUGGCGCGGGAGAACGCCUUCAAAGGCGAGUGUGCGCGGGGCAAAGCAUUCGUGAGGAAGGCGUGGCACUUCAUCCCCCAGCUGCCCGAAUUCACCGUCUGCGAAGAAUGCUACGACGAAGUCAUCUGGCCCGCGCUCUCCAAACCAUCCCCCCUCCCACGCUUGGUCAACAAGUCUAUCCAACUCGUCCCCAACGAGGACCUCGAAUUCGGGAGCAGCUGCGCGCUGUACAGCGCCCGCAUGCGACGCGUGUGGGACGUGUGCGUCAAGGACGACGAUAUCAAGUACCUCGAGCGGAAAGUGCUGGAGCGGAAGAGGAAGGAGAUCCUGCUCGCCAAGGAGAGGAGGGGUAUCCUGCAGUGGCUCGCCCUCCAGGAGAAGGGGAGCAGGGGCUACGAGAGAGCUAAAGACGAACUGAGGCAGUUAGAUAGGGAGUGGAAGGAGUGCGAGUAG